UUUCACCCCUCCUUGAACGCGCCGAGGCGUUGCAUGAGGGACAUUGAUCCCACAGUAACCUUCGUCUCGCCUUCUGUCUUCAUUGGCAAGUCAUCCUAUAUAAUUGUAUUGGAUGGUGCACCCAUACACAGCGAGGACACAAAACUCGAAUUUGUUGGACCAUACUUCACCAGUUCUAUCAUCCCAUCCGGUGGCGGUCCAUUGCUUUACAGCACAGCCUUAGUUCCCAAGUUCUGGGAAAUCUUGUGCAAAUCCCCAGACCCCACCAUGUACACCAUCAUUCAGGAUGUGUACCACCGAGAUCCAGCACCCCUCGGAAGGUCCUCAGGUCGUCCGCGCCCUGUUCUUAUCUUUUCUGCUAAAUACCACUUCCAGUACUCAGUCCCUGUAUGCACGCCCCCAUCUUCCAUGACACCAUACACUCCAUCUCAUGCCAAUUCGCCUUUCAUCGCGAACGUUAAUCAUGCUCAUUUAAAAUUUUUACUCGAGCCUAACUGUGCGCGCAACCGCCUUAGUAUGCCUCCAAGCCUCUUGGGUCAAGACAGCCUCCAGUCGCAUGAAGACAACAUGCAAAGCCAGCUGUAUGAGCAAUCCAUACCGGACGUCAGCCUACGGGACUUUUCCCGCGUUGACUUCAUGAUCAAUAACCAUGACUCGUCUGGUAGUACCACAUCAAAAGAGAUGACGGUGCGGUCGUCGUUUUCAAGCUUCCCGAAAGACAUCCGUAAUUAUAUCAUGUAGGAAAUGACUGUGAUAUUACAUAGCGUUUACUUAUGGUAUGUGUGCUCGCAUUCUAUAUGUGGAGACCUUCGAUGCUAUCACAGUCAAACUGAGUUUCCGCUCUGUAGGUCCGCAUCAAUGGCAUUCGUCCGGAAAGCGCCGAGAACUUAGAGGGACAUGUUGGGAAGUGAUGUUGUUUUGUGUACUGUGUGUGCUUGUUAUUCUAGAUAUUUGGAGUCCCCCGGUACGGCUAGAUAGCGGCAGGGUACUGCUGUCCUUAAGGUUGGCACUCACCUGUCUGAUACGGAUAGCGAGGUUUUCCCAUAGUCGACAGGGCUUCACAGCUUGAAGCUCUGAAAUUAC